AUGCUCCUCGGCUUCGCCCUCUUCACCUCACUCGGGCACAGUCAAGUAAAAAAACCUAUCAUCAAAGAUGUCGCCAUUAUUGGUGGUGGUUCUUCAGGAACAUACGCAGCUAUCCGGCUCCAUGACGAAGGGAAAUCCGUCAUCUUGGUCGAGAAAGAAAUCGCCCUGGGCGGCCACAACAACAUCUACAUCGACUCAGCCACCAAACAAGCAGUCAACUACGUAGAAAAGCUAUCUGGCUUAUACCCGCCCAACGUCACUUUCGUGGACAUCGACACCGCACAAGCAACCAACUACACACCCCCAGAUAUUACAGCCGCACUCCGAGCCUACAUUCAACAACUCUCGCAAUACCCAAGUCUCGACGAAGGCUAUUUCCUUCCAGACCCCGUCCCGGAAGACCUUCUCCUCCCCUUCCAAAAAUUCGUCGCGAAAUACCCAGAUAUCGGAAACCUCACCUACACAAUCUCCCAAUUCGGUCAAGGCCUCGGCGACAUCCUCAACCAGCCAACGCUCUACAUCUUCAAGAUCUUCGGCUUCAACGUCAUAAACGCUUUCACAUCCGGUGUCAUCCUCCCAACAAGUCGAAACAACCACGAAAUCUACGAUCGAGCGUCAAAGAUCCUGGGCCAAGACGUGCUUUACAGAAGUACCGUAAUCUCAACCCGGCAAAGAGACAGCAAGGGCAUCGAACUCAAGGUCAAUACCUUAGACGGAACAAGAAUAAUAAAAGCAAAGAAACUCCUCAUAACCAUCCCCCCGAAACUCACCACCCUCAUCCCCUUCACCCCAGACCACCGCGAGUCUACCCUCUUCAACGAAUUCACCAGUGCAGGCUACUACACAAGCCUCGUUCGCAAAACAAGCCUCCCAGCAAACCUCAGCACCUCAUCCGUAGGUCCUGACGCGCCAUUCUCCGUCGCACAGUUACCCGGUCCGUACUCCGUCUCUCCCACGUCCGUCGACGGUGUCUUCACAGUGAAAUACGGCGCGCAGCAUCCUCUCCCGGAGGAGUAUGUGCAGGGCGAUAUAUUGGAUUUUAUUUCCAAGUUGCAAAACAAUGGGUUCAGCGGCAAUUAUUCGGGACGAGCGAAUUUGUUACGGUUUAAUAGUCAUGUUCCCUUUGAGUUGACUAUUUCGCCAGGUCGCAUUGCUGCGGGGUUUUAUAGGGAUCUUUAUGCGCUGCAGGGGUAUCGGAAUACUUGGUAUACGGGGGCUGCGUUUCAUGUUCAUGAUUCGACGAGGGUUUGGAAUUUUACGGAGGCUUUUGUUUUGCCGGGAUUGUUGCAGGGGCUUUGA